GAGGUUUUUCAGAACCAGAGACAGGCAAAGGCCUUGGGCUUUGCGGAGCAAAAUCAUCGGGAUAAACUUUGGCUCGGUUUUUUGCCUGUUACAAAACCGCCAAAAACGUGCCAGAACACUUCGGUUUGCGUUAUCUUUGGUUGCCGAUGGGCACAAAGGAAAUAUUGUGGGUAGAAAGGGCGUCCAAAAUGCUUUGGAAGACUCAACCAAGGAGCUGUCCAUCAGCUUAUGGGACGAACCCGGCAAUCUUACCGGUGCGCUCGUUGACGCAUACGGCUCGGACUCCGUAAAACACAGCACUUGCAGUCAUCCUCACCUCAGGCAUCUCGCGUCCAACGACUUCUGCAACAAACAUCCAUGUGCACCUUAUCUCUCAUCUCUUUACGCCGACUGCUACAAAUACAUCGCCAACAAAAACGCCAAGCUAUACUUCUACUGGGCCGUGUAUCUUCCAUGGGAUUUCUGGACGUUGCUUAACAAUCUAUACACUGCGUUCUGCUCAAUCGCUUGCCAGGAUUGGGGCUGCAACAGCUGCAUGAGAGCCGACAAAUGUAAGAAAGGGAAACAUGGCGAUGAGAAGUCACGGUGCCAGUGUGAAUCCAUCGUAACCUGCAACGGCGUCUCCCCAACCUUGUACCAGUAUGGCUUCAUAUUCAACAAUGCAGUAGAAUUGAAUCGUUCUAAAUACCAGAAAACAUGUAACGAUUUCUGCAAGAUAUUAAGCAAAGUACUUAAAUCUGAUUACUUCGCUAAACUCUUCAACGCCUGUGAUGAAUUCCUUUGGAUCAUCAGACAACCCUUCAUCUGGCUCAACGUCGCCCUCUGGCUCCUCUCUCUCCUGUACCUCAUCCACAUCAUGGUCAUCCGCCUCGACCUGCUCCACAUCAAAUCGCAUUUGCACUCACCUUCCUCCCAUCGCAUAGCUGCUCAAUCGCUACUAGCUGCUGGACGCGUUAACAAGCUUAACAGGGUGUUUUAUCUACAACCGUAA